AUGGAGCGCCCACAUACCGCCCAGUCCGGGCAGCAGCUGCCAAAGAUUGCGCCCUCCCAGCUCUUGCUGCCCGAGGUGACGCCAGCGACGCGACUGCUGGAGAAGCGGCGGCAGCAGUUUGAGGCUGAUGAGGCGCUGGAGGCCGCCAAGCAGCAGUAUGCCACGCAGGCAGGUGGAGGGGCAUAUGCCCGGGAGGUGGCCUUCCGGCAGCGGGAGGAGGCGCUGAAGCGGCGGGACCUGGAGCUGCAGGAGUCGCUGCUGCGCUUCACCCGCUUCCUGCAGGACAACGACGCCAAGCGGGCCAAGGCCAACCGCAGAGCGGCGGACGAGGCGCGGCUGCGUGGGGAGCGCGAGGCCGAGAUUGCGCAGCUGCACGGCGAGGCGGAGGCAUGCAAGGUGCAGCGGGAGGGCAUGGCGGCGGCGCUGGCCAGGGUGGCCAAGUACCAGCAGUACCUGCAGAGCGUGGUGGAGGCGGGGGAGGCGGGGUUCCAGGAGGCAGGCGACAUCCUGGCGCGCCAUGCCACGCUGCUCGCCGCAAACGCCGACCUGCGGCAGCAGCAGGCGUCGUGUGCGGCAGAGGCGGAGCGCGUGCGCGGCGCCACGGCUGCCUACGCCAAGGCCAUGGCCAGCGAGAUCUUGGGCCUCAACAACCGGCUGGCGGCGCUGAAGAAGGAGUCGGAGGCGGCGGCGGCAGAGGCGGCGGCGCAGGAGGCGGCGGCAGAGUAUGGGCGCCGCGCGGCGGCAGACCGGCAGCUGGAGCUGUCGCAGGUGCUGGCGGCGGCGGGCAACCUGUACCAGCGGUGCCUGCAGCGCAGCCGGGUGGCGCGGCCCCGCAACGAGGCCAGCCCGCUGGCACAGCUGGAGGCGGUGGCGCACUGCGUGGGGGACCUCCGGGCGGCGCUGGCGCAGGCAGGCUUGAUACAGGUGUAA